AUGGCUGAUCCCCUGCUGCUGCGGUAUGAAGGCCAGCUCUCCCGUAUGAGUCGCCGACUGAACAAUCUCUUCGCUUUUUCCGCGAUCGGUACCACCGGCCGGUUCGUGCCCUUCCAUGGACUUGCGAAUGUUGUCCUGGAGGGUCAUGUCUACCACCGCCUGCUGGACGUGGCCGACAAGGGCCAUAGCAUGCAUUGGUUCCUGUACGAUGAGUAG